CCUGGGGUCGUUGCUCAACCAUCAUGACUGCUGCCACAGUUACACUGUUGUUAUGACAGAUGCACUGGGCGGGAAGAAGACAUGGAAGGGGGUCAGAGGAGGAGUCCAGGGAAGCCCCAGGAAGUUCCCAGUCACCCUGGAAAACUGGUUCAACCAGUGUCUGCCAUCCAUCCCAGGGAGCACAGGUGAAGCCUCUGGAGCCUGUGGGAAAGGGGUGCUGGGGCUCAGCGGCCUCAGCCAUGUCUCAGAGGCACCCCCAGGAUCCCCACUGAGUUGGCCCACUUCAGACAGCCAGGGCCCAGCCCUCCAGCCCCCUCGGUGUCCAGCAGGUGGCCCCCGGGCAUCUCCACAGGACAACAAGAUGCCGGUUACCAAGGGGACCCAGUGCCACUUCUCAAAGGGCCUCCUGCUCUCAGCCUCAGUCCUGGCCCUCUGGGUCCCCCAAGGCUCCUGGGCUGCACUCCACAUCCAGAAGAUUCCAGAGCAGCCUCAAAAGAACCAGGACCUUCUCCUGUCUGUCCAGGGCAUCCCAGAUACCUUCCAGGACUUCAACUGGUACCUGGGGGAGGAGACCUAUGGCGGCACAAUGCUGUUAACCUACAUCCCUGGGCUACCACGGCCACAGAGGGAUGGCAGUGCCAUGGAGCAGCGAGACAUCGUCGGCUUCCCCAAUGGCUCCAUGCUGCUGCGUCAUGCCCAGCCCUCUGACAGUGGUACCUACCAGGUAGCUGUCACCAUCAACCCCUCCUGGACCAUGAGGGCCAAGACUGAGGUCCAGGUGGCUGAAAAGCAUAAGGAGCCCCCUGUGACGCACCUGCCCAUGAGCACUGCGAUUGUGGCUGCCAUCAUCACUGGGCCCCUUGUCGCCGGGUCCCUCCUCGUGGGCAGCAUUGCCUAUCUCCUGGUGACAAAAUGCUGGAAGCGCCAGAGGCACAGAGUGUCCGCUCCAAGAGGCCAGGGGUCUCUGUCAGUCUUGUUCCCAACUGUGUCCCCAGAGACUUCAACAGUGCCCAGGCCAUGGAUGACGGCCACAGAGAAGCCGGAGCUGGGCCCUGGCCGUAACACUGUGGCUGGCACUCCACGUCGGUGGUCACCACAGCACUCAGCCGGCCCCAGCGGCGGCUCUGGGCCACGAACAGGUGACAAUGUCUAUGAAGUGAUGCCAUCUCCAGUCCUCCUGGUGUCCCCUUUCAGUGACACGGAGUCCGUGAAUGCUGCCGUGCCCCCGCCGCCAGCCCCGCAGCGGCAGCCGGAGCCGGAGAACCGCCCCUACCAGGAGCUGCUGAACCCCGACCCUGCCCCUUACUGCCAGCUAGUGCCAACCCCCUAAAGAGGUCCCAGCGGGAGAGGAAAGCCUCUGUGCAUCCCGAAAGCCUGGUAUCCACAGAAAAGCCACACCCAGGAGCAGAAGGCCACGGGGCUGUGGGGCUGACAAGGUGAAAUUGGCUGGAGACAGCACGGCAUCGUGGCGCCCUGCUCGAAGGACAAGAGACCGUGUCGGGCCCAGCUCCUGGUUCACCCUCCAAGUGUACAACCACCCUGAAGGCUGAUCUUCCAGCAGUCUGGUCGGGGCCACACACCUGGGAAAAGCAGGCUCUCGCCCCCUGCCACCCUGAAGUCGGCCCCUCUGGAUACUUGGGAGUGCGGAGGGAGGCCCGGGGCCUGUCUCCAGCCAGACCUCCCAGGCACUGGGCUGGGCUCCUCAAUAUCGCGUUGACUCUCAACGCCCCACCCCCACUCUGCUGGUUGCCCUUGGGCGCAAGUCAGCCCCCCACCUCACAUGCCCCAGAGGACAGGCCCGUGGGAAGGAAUGCUGGCCUCCCAGGCCUGUGGCCCCAAAUGACGGUCCUGGCCAGUUACCGCAGCUGCUGGUAACUUAGGCAGUUCCAGGCCCUCUCAAAAUUCAGUCUCUCAGAACCUGUGGCCAUCUUCUGCCCACCGCCCCCUACCCCGAAUCUCACCAAGGCCCCCAGGGCAGUGGUUCCCUCUCCACCCCCACCCAUCCCUGGUCCCAGUCUGUUGCCCUUAAUUUAUUCAUUCAUUCAGCAAUAAAUAAGCCAUG